AUGUAAUGUGAAAUGAGCACUCCACAACAAAAAAAAAGAGGCAUAGAUGAUUCCUUUUUCUCCCAAAUGUUAAAACCCAGAAACCCAAAGAACAGCUUCUAGCUUUCUUCUUCUUCUUCUUCUCCCAUGGAUUCUCUCCCACCAUUGUUUCUUCUACUUGUCAUCUUCUCUCCAUCUGUGGUGUGCCAAGUUUCUGAGUUCAUCAGUAUUGACUGUGGAGGCAGAACUAAUUACACAGACCCAAAAACUGGCCUGCCAUGGAUUUCAGACAGUGGGAUGAUAAGCCAUGGAAAAGCAGAGGAAGUAAGCAACAUAAACGGAAGCCCACGGCAGUACCAGACGAAGAGGGAGUUCCCGGCAGACCAAAGUAAAUACUGUUACACUCUAAGAACACAAGAGAGGAGGAGGUACAUUGUGAGGGCGACAUUCAUGUACGGGAACGAUUCAGCAGAUGCGAUCUACCCCAAAUUUCAGCUCUACUUGGAUGCAACAAUGUGGGCCACCGUAUCCAUCCAAGAAACUUCCAGAACUUAUGUGAAGGAAAUGAUCAUAAGGGCUCCCUCAGACUCGGUUUGUGUGUGUGUGUGCUGUGCAACCACUGGGUUCCCUUUCAUUUCUACUCUCGAGCUUCGCCCUUUGAACUUGUCCAUGUAUGCCACAGAUUAUGAGGAUAACUUCUACCUCAAAUUGGCUGCAAGAGUCAACUUUGGUGCUCAAAGUAAUGAUGCAAUAAGGUACCCUGACGAUCCUUAUGACCGUAUAUGGGAAUCGGAUACAGUAAAAAGGCCGAAUUUUCUGGUAGGAGUGGCUCCGGGCACAGAAAGAAUCAACACGAGUAAGUACAUAGACACAAACACAAGAGAGUACCCACCUGUUAAAGUAAUGCAAAGUGCUGUGGUUGGGACUAAAGGAAGUCUUAGCUACAGGCUAAAUCUUGAAGAUUUCCCUGCGAAUGCUAGAGCGUAUGCUUACUUUGCUGAGAUUCAAGACUUGGGCGUGAACGAAACCAGGAAGUUUAAAAUGGAGCAGCCUUAUAUUCCAGACUACAGCAAUGCUGUGGUCAACAUAGCUGAGAAUGCAAAUGGGAGUUACACUCUCUAUGAACCCAGCUACAUGAAUGUUUCGCUUGAGUUUAUAUUUUCUUUCGCCUUUGCAAAGACCCAUGACUCUACCCUUGGUCCCUUGUUGAAUGCAAUGGAAAUAAGCAAAUAUGUAAAGAUUGCUGCCAAGACAGAUGGAGGAGAUGUGAACGCUCUCGAAGCCAUAAAAUCGGUGUCAAUGGAAAGUGAGGCAACAGAAGGGUGGGGGGACCCGUGCAUUCCCACACAAUGGGAAUGGGUGAAGUGCAGCACAACAACACCUCCAAGAAUAACCAAAAUUGCACUAUCAGGAAAGAAGGUAAAGGGUGAAAUUCCACAAGUGAUCAAUAACAUGGAAGCUUUGACAGAAUUGUGGUUGGAUGGAAAUUUCUUCUGUGGAGUAAUCCCAGACAUGAGCAAUCUUAUCAAUUUGAGAGUUUUACAUCUGGAGAACAACAAUCUCACUGGUGCAUUACCAGCUUUCCUAGGAGGCAUGCCAAAAUUACAGGAACUAGAUGUAAGUAACAAUAGCUUAGCUGGAGAAAUUCCGUCCCUGUUGCUAACAGGAAAAGUAAUCUUCAGAUACGAAGGAAAUGCCCGGUUAAGGAAAGGAGAAAACAGCAAGAAACACACCAAACUAAUAGUUGAAGUUUCAAUAGGAGUGCUUGCCUUUCUUGUCAUCGUAUUCAUAGCCGGUGCCGCACUACUGUGUUACUUUAGAAAAAAAGCUUAUUAUCAAAGAACUGAAACCAAAGGUAAUGGUAACUAUAUGCCCAGCAGCACAAAGUAUUCAACCAAUUAUUCCAUUACUCGGGGCGGAUCAUUAGUGGAUGAUGGUGUGGCAUGCUAUAUUUCACUUGCUGAAAUAGAAGAAGCAACAGAAAAAUAUUCAAAGAGAAUUGGGAAGGGAAGUUUUGGGCCGGUUUACCAUGGAACAUUGAGAGAUGGCAAGGAAAUUGCAGUCAAAAUAAUGGCAGAUCCAUCAAGUCAUGGAACCAAACAGUUCUUCACAGAGGUUGCGCUGUUAUCAAGGAUCCAUCAUAGAAAUUUGGUGCCUUUGAUUGGAUUCUAUGAAGAUGGACGUCAAUGCAUGCUUGUGUAUGAAUAUAUGCAUAAUGGGACAUUAAAGGAUCAUUUACACGAUCCCACCAAUCAAAAGCAUCUGGAGUGGGUAGAACGGUUGCGCAUCGCCGAAGAUGCAGCAAAAGGUCUUGAGUACUUGCACACCGGAUGCAACCCGAGUAUCAUCCAUAGGGAUGUGAAGACCAGCAACAUUCUCCUAGAUAUCAACAUGCGAGCAAAAGUGUCCGACUUUGGGCUUUCAAGGCAAACUGAAGACGACAUAACACACGUUUCAAGUGUGGCACGAGGAACCAUAGGCUACCUUGAUCCUGAGUACUAUGCGCGCCAGCAGUUGACAGAAAAAAGUGACAUUUACAGUUUUGGGGUCGUACUUCUGGAAUUAAUUUCUGGUAGAAAGCCCGUGUCGACCGAGCAAUAUGGAGUUGACUGGAGCCUUGUUCACUGGGUGAGGUCACAGAUCCACAAGGGUGAUGUUGUGAGUGUCAUAGACCCCAAACUUGUAGGACGCGUGAAAAUUGAAACAGUAUGGAAGAUAGCAGAAGUGGCAAUUCAAUGCGUGGAACGGCACAGCUACUCGAGGCCAAGAAUGCAGGAAAUCAUAGUGGCCAUACAAGAGGCAAUCAAAAUCGAAAGGGGAACCGACAAGUUGAGCUCUGCGGGGAGUUCAAGAACACAAUCUUCGCGAAAAACGCUCUUGACGACUUUUUUGGAUCCCCAGAGCCCCAAUGUUUCCAGUGGAUCAAUAGUCCCUUCUGCAAGAUGAUCAUUCUCUAUAUACCAUAAACAAGUCUAAUCUUUUUUUUCUUCUUUAACUGCACAACAACUUGUUUACAGAUUAUUAACAGUAGCAAAUAUAUGGGAAUGUAUUUAAGACUUGGUGUUAGCUCAUGAAUAUAACAAAGUAAAAAACAUGAAUGUGG